UCCAGCCCCGAGCCAGGAGCAGCUCUCAAUACCGGGUGAGGCACGGAGCACUUGAGCUAUUUCAGCCGCAUGAAAAGCAUCGGAACUGAGAUCGCAGCUCAGAGGACACCGGGCGUCCCUUCCACUCACUGAGGAGCUUUGUAUUCUUGCACCUGGCUGCCUGGAACUUUCCUCAGGCAGGAAGCAAGUACAUAAAGCAGGGAUAAGACCUUGUCGAUAUGUCGAAACAGCCAGUUUCCAAUGUCAGAGCCAUCCAGGCAAAUAUCAAUAUCCCAAUGGGAGCCUUUCGGCCAGGAGCUGGGCAACCCCCCAGAAGAAAAGAAUGUACUCCGGAAAUGGAGGAGGGUGCUCCUCCCACUUUGGAUGAGGAGAAGAAGCCAAUUGCAGGAGCUAAGAAACUUCCAGGACCUGCGGUCAACCUAUCUGAGAUCCAGAAUAUUAAAAGUGAACUGAAGUAUGUCCCCAAAGCUGAACAGUAGUUGGAAGAAAAAAGGCUUGAUGUGAAGAAUUGAAGAGUAAGAGAAUGGAUUCAAAUGAAAAUAGCUCACUGAAAAGUUUUAUAUAUUUGUAUGAAGAUUAUGUACCUCCCGAAUGCCUAAGACUCUAGCAGAAACGUCCUGGUUGUACAUUUAUAUCUCUUCCUUCUAGUUGGCUGCACAACUUACUUUAUCUUCACGUUUGGCAGCUUGCAGAGCAAAUCAGCUCAAGAAUUCACCACUUGGAGGGUGUGGUUUUGAGGAGGGAUAUGAUUCUAUGGAGAAGGAUAUGGCAAUAUGCAUAGCAAUGAUUUUGAUUGAAAGUUCUCUGAGCUACUUCCCACACUAUUUUGGUCAAUAUUUGGAAUGUAUUUUAGUUCUUCAUCUUCUAAAUUAUGUCAAUAAACUUUUUAUGAGUUCAAAUAAAUAUUUGAGUAAAUGUAAAA